AAAACAGUCGUAAAAUAAGUGCAUGUGUAAGUAUAAAAGUAGAAAUUAUACUUGCCUUACUCAUUAUUUUCGUUUUUCGACUGACUGUGGCUUAUUACGUGACACAGAAAUUGACUUCUUAACACUAGUAUCUCGGUAGUAUGGAUCCAAGGUUUUUAUUCGUGGCCCUAGUUGUGAGAUUCAUUUCAGCUGAAGAAAGCGACAACGUUUGCAUUCCACUUGUUAAAUUGCAGACUAACUACGGUGUACAUCAGGUGUCCGAAAAUGAAUGCGCUACGAAGGCAGACAUUGCAGAAUUAAAACGACAGUUGUCUGUAAAUAUUUCUGUUAUGAUGGAACAACUUAAAUCAAAACCAAUCGACUGUGGAGAUAUUCAAAGCAAAGACUACCGAGCUACUGGAAUUUAUACCAUAUAUCCGUUUCAAAGGGCUAGAGGUAUAUCAGUUAGAUGCGAUAUGGACACAUCUACCGGCGGAUGGACAGUCAUACAAAGGAGAGUUUCUGACAGUAACUUUUACAGGACUUGGGACGAAUACGAAACUGGCUUUGGUGAUCUUAGUACGAAUUUCUGGCUUGGUAAUCACUACAUUCAUCUAAUUACUAGUCAAGAUAGAUACGAACUACGUGUUGAUCUUACUAGUGCUGAUGGAGCAACGGCUUAUGCACAGUAUCGUGAAUUUUCUGUAGGCGAUGCCGAGUCAGGUUAUAAAUUAUUUGUUGGUGGAUACAGUGGGAAUGCCGGAGACAGCCUGAUACGAGACGGAAGUGGAAAUGGGAUGAAGUUCUCUACAUAUGACAGAGAUAAUGAUAUUAACAAUGAUAACUGCGCUGUUAAGUAUCACGGUGCCUGGUGGUAUAAAGAAUGCCAUUAUUCAAACCUAAACGGAGAUUACGGCAACACUGAAUUUGCUAAAGGUCCGGUCUGGGAAUCAUGGAAGGGAUACUAUGUUCCAAUGAAAAUGACAGCGAUGAAAAUUCGGCGAAUUGUAUAAUUCAGUGAACUUACGGAAAUUCUAUUCGACACUCAAACUGAACGAUUGUAAGAAAAUAUUCAAAACUGGUAAUGACUCAUUGUGUUUAAUAACUUUAACUGCUAAGUAUUUACGACUAAACGAAUAGUAAAGACGGCAUGUAAACUAAAAUUCAUUAUAACUAGUUAUUUACCAUUUAAAUAUCUAAAAUGUUUUAUUCUACCCUUUUUUCUACCCUUACCAAUUUUUGUAUUUUGCAUAAUUUAAAUUAAACUGUACUUGUUGAAUUUUUUAAGCAACCCAUCUGC